AUGUUAAAAUGUUUAACAAGAAUCCUGGCCAGAUAUCAGCUACCACAUCUGAGACAACACUCCACUAAUGAACCAAAACCAGUUUUAGUUGGGUUUUUUCAUCCUUAUUGCAAUGCCGGAGGUGGUGGAGAAAGAGUUCUAUGGUCAUCAAUUAAAGCUUUGCAGCAAAGGUAUGACCAUGUGAGAUGUGUCGUAUACACGGGAGAUUUGGAUGUAUCAAGAGAUGAAAUACUGAAAAAGGUGAAGGAUCAGUUCAACAUUGAUUUACCCAGAACAGACCCAAUCAGUCUGUCUUUCUGUCUUCUGCAGAGCAGAAAAUUAGUGGAGGCAUCAAAUUAUAAAAUUAUGACUAUGCUGGGUCAAAGUACUGGAUCUGUUUUGUUGGGAUUGGAGGCUCUGUUCAAGUUCAUACCAGAUGUUUACAUUGAUUCCAUGGGUUAUGCAUUCACAUUACCUUUGUUUAAAUAUCUAGCUGGCUGUCGUGUGGCCUGCUAUGUUCACUACCCGACUAUAAGCUCUGAUAUGUUGCAAGUUGUUUCAAAUAGAGAGCAUGCUCAUAACAAUGAACAAUUUGUUAGCAGGAGUAGGUUCAUGAGUUUAUGCAAAUUCAUAUACUACAAGAUAUUUGCAUUUGUCUAUGGUUUUGUUGGCCGGUUUUCGGAUGUUGUGAUGGUCAACUCAACAUGGACCAAAAACCACAUAAUGGACAUCUGGAAGAUUCAACCAACCAUCGUUUAUCCCCCAUGUAAUGUCGAAGAAUUUCUAAAAAUAGGACGCGACGUCAUUGAUGACGACAACACCAAAUACAUUGUGUCCAUUGCACAAUUUAGGCCUGAGAAAGACCACUCCUUGCAACUGAAAUCAUUCAAGAGGUUCCUGAAGAGCGUAGAAACAGAAGAGGAUGAGUGUAAGAAGAAUGAAUUGAAAAAAAACAUUUACAAGUUGGUCCUGAUUGGAAGCUGUAGGAAUGAAGAGGACAUGCAGAGGGUAGACAGAUUGAAGAACCUUGCAGAGGAACUGGAAAUAACAUCAUCCGUUGAUUUCAAAGUAAAUAUUUCAUUUGCUGACCUGAAGGAAUUCCUCAAGAAGGCAUCUGUGGGAUUGCAUACAAUGUGGAAUGAACAUUUUGGAAUUGGAAUCGUUGAGUGCAUGGCCGCAGGGGUCGUUAUGUUGGCUCAUGAUUCUGGUGGACCAAAGUUGGACAUCUUGGCAGACUAUGAAGGACAGCAGACCGGCUUCCUGGCGUCAGAUGAGGUGACAUAUGCAGAAAAAUUAGUGGAAAUAUUCACGUCUCGGGAAGAACAAUUGUUAGAAAUAAAAAGGAAUGCCAAGUUAUCUAUCAUGAGAUUCUCAGAUGAAUGCUAUCAUGCAAACUUUUUAAACGCCACAGACGAACUUCUGGGUGACUGACAUUAAUUAGCCCUUUCAUUGUUGUUGUUGAUACUAAUAUUUAAAUAAAAUAAAAUACAGAUUUUCAAUUUGUUAAAUGAUUUUCAAUGACUUUAUCUCAUAAACUUUAAUUAACUUGAACAAUAUUUCAAUACGUGACAUUCUUCAAUAAUAUAUUUUG